AUGACUGACGCCAAUGACAAUUCUCCAUCUGGUACUGCAUAUCUUCUUCGAAGAUCUAAAUCAUCAGCUCUUUUAAAUAAUUCACAAACAAAACUUAAACGACAGCCAACAGUUGUAUUGUAUGUUGAUGAGAACUGUCCUCAACAUGGUUGUAAAGGUAAAUGUUCAUGUUCAACAAAUUCUAUUAAUAAAUAUGGCUCAGAAAAUAAUGGUUCAUUCUAUCAAAAUAACUAUGGCAAUGAACAACAAACAUAUGAUACGGAUAAUUUUGUUUCAACAACUAUAAAACCAUUCAAUAAUAAUCCACCAUUACCUGUUACUCAAAAAAAUGUUGUUGGUAGUAAUUUUCAAUUUCAACCAUCAUCACAAUCGAAUGGCUGGAAAGAUUUUGAUGAUGAACAAUUAGGUUCUUUGAUGAUUUAUCGUGAUGCUCUUAAACAAAAUUUAACAACACCUUAUCAAGCGGGAGGUGGCUUUCCAAAAGUGCGUCUUGGUCGUGCUGGAGGAUUUUGGCGUCAUAUUAAACAAACAAAUACAUAUUCCGGAUCGAAUCUUGCAUUUGUCGAUGGUACAGUUCGAGUUGAUGAUACAUUUAAAUAUCCAAUGCCUCGUUAUGGUUACCCUCCAGCAUCACAACAACAACAACAACAACAACCACAACAAUUAUCUGCAUCAUCAUCAUUUCAAGAUUUAUCAUAUCAACCAUCAAACCCAGCAGCAAGAUCAAUGGAUUCAAUGACAUGGUCAGCAACUGCUCAACUUAAUCGUCGACCAUCAUUAUCACAAUAUUCAAAUCGAUAUGAACGUCAUGCUAAAGAUGGUUUUGCUUUUUGGCCAACUGAUACAGAAUAUAAAAAACCACGAUGUAAACCAAUGGUAACUGGAACAUAUAAGACAUGGCUUGGUCUAAGCGAUUCUAUACUUAAACUUUAA